AUGGAAAAUAAAAGUGAACAAGUAGGAACUCCUAUUAAUACCACAACCCAUAUUGAAUUCAAACAAGCAAUGCAAGAUUUUAUGACAAUGUUUCCCAAAAUGGAUCAUGAUGUUAUAGAAGAAGUUUUAAGAGCUAAUAAUGGGGCUGUUGAUGCCACAAUUGAUCAGUUAUUAUCAAUGACUACUGAUAAUUUAAAUGAAGCUCUUAGAUUACACAUGGAAAAAAUGGAAAAAGAAAACAUAAAAAGUUUGGAAGAUAACCCGUUGAAUUUUCCCGAUGUCGCAUUAACAAAUCCCCCAUUUACAAAUCCCAGAAAAAAAUGGAGUCCACCCUUGCUCGUUGAUUAUGGUGAAGAUGAAAGGAUAGCUUUAUUUUUACAAAAUGAAGAAUUUUUAUCAGAACUAAGAGUUAAUCCUGAUUUUAUGAAUACAUUAGAUCAAGAUGUACAGGAAAAAGUAAGCGGAGGACCAGAUAUAGAAGCAUUUAAAGAACGACUUCGAAAUAUGGGUAAAAUUUCAAGAAACAAAUUUGCGCAGUUAUCGAAAGUUUUUCAAAGACGUAAAAAAAGUCGGUCGGCCAAAGGAAUAUUAGAUCAAAGCGCAUCAGGAGAUUCUGUGCUGUUGGGAGGGGAACCAUUACUUUAUGAAAACCAAAAAUCAAAUAGCCAAAGAUUAUAA